ACAAACCUUCAUGCUUUCGUGCUGUUUGUUUAUGAAGUAGAAAAUGUAGUUAUCUUCAUAAACAAACAAUGUAGAAAUAUCGUUUUCGUUAUGGCCGUCCAAAUGAAUAUCGUAUCUAUGCAGUUCGAUUUUUUUAACUGUCCAAUAUCAUCUUUGUUUUCCGUCGAUCAUCAUCAUUAUGGACAACUUCUGCGCGUUUUCACGACUAGCUACGGCAAUAAGUGACAAGACGAAAAAAUUGACAGACACUAGUAAAAUAAACAAUAAUCAUAAUCAAUCCCACAAGGUAAAUCUAUAAUGCUCUCUGCCCCCCGCUUGCUCAGAAGCGGCGGAGGUCUGCAAUUUUUAGAACCGUGCCAGGCGCGAGAUCGCGCGACUGGCCGCGGUAAGUCAGCGAAGGAGUCGUGGACCAACAACCUCCUUCUAAGCGCUGUCGUCUAGGAGACGACGUUAAGCACGAGCACUCGCAUUACAGUGAUCUCAUCAGCGACAGUACCCACGCCAGAAGUAAACACUACAUCAGCCCAGCUAAGGAGCAUCAGCAGAAGUAACAAAGACGAGUAACCCUCAGCACAACUACGCUGGUUUUUUUGUCGAGAACUCAACAUCUUAAGAGCAGGAGCACUAACAUCUGUAAAACAACAUCAAAAUGGAGAUCGCAAUUAUUCCGGAUAGAGAAGAGCGGAUCGCCGCUCGAAGGCGGAGAGCGGAGGCCAAAUUGAGGAGGGAGAAAGAGGAUGAUACGGCGACGGGCCAUCAAGACUUGCUGGAGGAGCAAGAUUUGGGGAUUGGGAAGAGCAAGGUAUAUGCUAAGGCAAUGCUUCGUUUCCAUUAAUAGACCAAAAAGAAAUUGAAUUUCAUCAUCAUUCACCAACCCAUAAGAUCUUCGCGGUCAUCCAACAACCAACCGUAACCUACCGAAACAAAGGUCGGCGACGCCGUUGCCUUCCUCGAGCGGUUGCAGUACGAUACAACAGCGGAUUUGUCUGAUAUACGAGUUCGGUUUGACAAUGAGGAGAAUGAGAGGCGGAUUAUUGAGGAGAACGCUAGGUUGGACAGGUACGAGGCCUUGCAGAUAGAAGCCGUCUCAAGUGGCAGGAAAAACGCGGCGAUCGAGCUAAAAUGGGCAGACUUGCUCUACAUCGAUAUACCACAGGUAAAUAGAUUUUGAUGAUUGAAUAUGAGGUCACAGAACUGUUUUCAGCUCCUUUACCCAACAACAUUGUGCACCUCUCACCUUUCCUCAGGAACUGCACGACCAGCUUUUGCUUCAAAAAGAAGCAUGUCUCAAUAUUCUUGACGGAAAAGAUCGGAGGAUACGAGAGUUUCUGACGGAAUUGAAGAACAAGGAUGAAGAGUACGACAAUAGGCUUAAUCUUUGUCUUUGAUUCGAGGAUGCAGGUAGGCUAAAAAUCAUGAAGAUCAUUACUACUCCUACGUGCUGUACUCAAGAUCCUAAGAUCAUUGAUACUUGGUCAUAAAGAUACUUGGUCAUAUACGAGGACAUCAUUUUUUCUCAAGUUGAGUCCCCUCAUUCCAGGUACCAAAAGAUGCUGAAGCGACAGGCACACGAUGUGAACCUGUUGAUCAAGAAAAUGCGAGGUCAGUAUGUGGGUUUGCAGGAGAAAUAUGAGGAGCAGUUGGGAGAGAUCGAGAAUGCGUACGCACAGGAGAGGCAGGAUGUGAUGAAGAAAAAUAGGGAGGAGAUCGAGGUAUCUAUGUAUAAAAAUACUACAGUAUUUUCAUCAUGUAAAUUCACGUCGGUUGCUCGUUUUAUGUUGAAGAUCGAGAACUAAAUUGUCGUCCCAAGAACUCCACACAUUCCACUACCUCUACCAACAUCUCCACCACCAUCUUACAAAGGCUCUCUUCGAAAAGCGUAUGCAGAUGGAGGAGUCGGAGUUUAUGGAGCAGAGGUUGGAAAGGGAGAAGCGAUUCAAGAAAAAAAUCGACGACUUGCGGGAACAAGACGCUGACGAAUACAACAAUAGUCGGAUUGCCCUGGAAAAGUCGAUACAGGAUCUCGAGGUUCACUUGGAGAAGAUGAUGGCGACAUAUCAGUACUACAUUUGUUGUAUCUUGAUGUAUCUAUUAUUAAGGCUCAACUUUCAAUGGUCAUUGGGGUUGGUCACGGAGAUGAUUGAAGAGGCGCCCCCUUGAGAGAACAGGGGAAAGCGAAGGGAAAGGGAGAGCUUUGAAGGGGGUCUCUUCCGUUCAGAGUCAGGGGCCAGCGAAUGCUGAGCUUUACCCAUAAGUAAUCGCGUUUGUGAUUGUGAUACUUGAGGCAGUCGAUCUCCAUCUCGAUAAGCUUGAUUAUUGCUCUGCUCAACAUGUUGCCUGCUCAUGUUCUACAGCAACCAAAUCGUCCCUCCCCUUAUUCCAGGUUAAACAAGGAGAAACUGGACUACAACCUCCAAGUGCUGAUAGAGCGCAACAAAGAGCACAGUGCGAUCCAGUCAUCGUACAAGAAUAGGCUAAACAGGCUUCGGGAGACGCUCAAUAGCUUGCUCACCAAAUACAACAAGCUAGACUCGAAAUACAAACAAGAGAAUCAUUAUGAAGGAAAUAUCCGAUAUUUGUGAAGCUGAACAAGGAGUAGAGAGAUUUGCAACGCCAGGAUUACACGUUGUAGUUUCAGAAUGACAUAAUUCGUCGAAAAUGAAACGACGGGCAACGUCGCUUCUCUAACUCUCGGAGCUAACAGACGAAUACAAGAGGCUGACAAGGCAAUUCAAGGACCUCCAGGAUAAAAGCGGACACUUUGAGAAGGCGGAUGAGACGAAAUUCCAACAAGUCUGGUCAAUGAAUGAGGCUGAGGCCAAGACUGUUAUCGGGCAGGUAGUUGACAUUUCCUGCUUCUUGUUUUCACUUCGUCCGUUGGUACUAAUAAACCAAAAUACUUCUUGUAGUUGUUCUUGAUGUCGCGGUUGUGAAACAAUCUUCGUCAAUUUAGUGCCACUUGACCACACAGAUCCUCGAAUGCGACAAGCUUAUCCACGAGCAGCAACUCAGCCUACCAUGGUCUAGUCCCGAAGAAGAGGUCCUCAACGAGCAGUUUGAGGCAGGAACCUCAACUGAGGCAGGAACCCAGACAGGAAACGGCACGAAGAGCAUGUCCAAAAAUAUGUCAUCAGCAGGUGGAGGGGACCAAAAGAAGGCUGGGGGAACUGAGUUUUUCGCGAAAAGGACGAAAAAGGUUUUGGACUUGAUAAACGACGAGUGCAGCUACCUGCUGGAUACUAAGGUACUUUAACUUUAGUGUUAUGCUUAUCAUGGAUUUUGAAGAUUAUGAUUAUGUUUUGCUCAUGUAUAGCGAUAGGAAUUUGAUCAUACCUACUUGCCGUUUUUGGCAUUUCCUACAGCUUCUCCCAUCUUCUUCUACACCUCAGAUAAAAGACGAGAUGGCAGCCGCACCAGAUGCAGCACAGCGCGAUGUAAUUCAAAUAAACGCAAUAUUGAACUGCAUAGGCGUCGAAUCGCAGGACGACAUGGAUCUCCUCACGUCAAUGUUCUACCAAGGACAGGACUACGAUGACGAGACACUGUACUCAAGCUUUUUUCUGCACAUGUAGUCCUUAUUCCUUCAAGUUCAAAAUUAAUAUAUGGGCUUUCACACACAUACUUAUUUUACUUUUCCACUGCCAAAAUGAUCAUGACAGCUGCACCUCAUUUUCGUACUUCUUUUGAUCGAAUGAGUUGAAUUUUAUCCACAUCGAAAACCCACAACAGAUACGUAGACGCUGAUGAUGUGCUACGAAUUUUGAAAGAUUUUCUUGCGGAAAAAGAGAACGUCCGAUUAGCAGACUUGUCCGGGUCUGGUGGCAACAAAAAGCAAUCCGAAGACGCGGAUGAGAGUAGAGUUAAGGUUUACAUUUAUUAUUUCAAGAAACUUUCAUUUCUUAAUCUUAUAUGAAAAUGACUGAGUGGUCAGACUCAGUCAUUGUCAUAUAAGGAAUAGAUUAAGUUGUUAGCAGUCUGACAAGUCAUAUUUCCUCUGUCAAUUGGUCAUUUUCCUACUUGUUCUUCUAACAAAAGCCUGAGAAGGAGACAAGAGAAGAAGUUCUGGGAUCGCAUGUCCCUAUGUCUUCCGGAGUCGACGAUGCGGGUGUGGCGCGCACUCCACAGGUACAUGGAGAAAUAUCUUAAACUCCUGCAUUUCAGGAGUGGCCUAGUCGACGAAGCUGUUGACCUCCAGAAGCAGAAUGAGGAGUUAAAAAAGCUAUUGGAUCAGUACCUGGGUUCGAAGGUGAACGACGAACUCCAAAUCCCACCAACGCACGUGAUCAGGGUGGUCAAGUAGUCAUCCUUGCAUCAAGACGACCGGACCCACUUGAUGUUAAGAACUAGUGGGCCACUUGAUGUUCAUCUACUAGUACAACUACCAAUACCAUACAAAACAACAGUUGUCCGGAAUACAACAGUCGUUGAACUGUUAACCGGAUGAAUACAACAAAAGUACAGGAACCAAAUUCAAAGUCUUCAAAAGGUAACCAAAUUGAUAGCCUCGUCUUCAUCUCGUGAUUCUUAUGGGGAACUCGUCUUCUCAUUCUUGUGUUUGAUUUUUGACCAUUAGCAGAACAAGCUUCUGCAGAACAAGAACGUGAACCUAGAUUUUUAUGAUAGAUUGAUAGCGAAUAUGGUAAGUAUCUACUCUGAAGCCUGUUCUGGUGGAUGGUUUAGUUUUAGAGCGGGCAUCCGAAAAAAAUUAGCUUGGAUUAAUCGAAUCCUCAUCUUACAUUCAACGAAAACGAACAGAUCUUCUUCAUAACAGUACUAGGGCAACCUGCUGAAUUCGCUAAUCUUACUACCUGCAUUUCGGUGUCUUAAAAACUCUUCAUGAAAAACGCAGACGUGGAGUCGUUGGUAUGUUAUUUGCAUAAAAUGUACAACCCGAACUUGAUGAUCAUGUUGCGAAAUAAGACAUGAAAUUACAAGGAACGCGCGCUUGGUGGUGAAACGACCAGAGCUAUUCCUAU